UCUGUUGUCCACGCCAGUCUUGAAGUUGUAUCAGUCGGAUGCGCUCGGGGGACUGGAGCUCCGCAAAAUGGACUCGAGUCUUGUCUCCGUGCUAUGGUACCUCGUCCCGCUGUACGUGAUCGCGUCUCUGGUGUACACGGUGUUCGCAGAUGCGGACAUGACCUUGCUGUGGGCCAGUGUGGCGGGGCAGCGGCCAGAGAAGAGACUAAAGGGGCUGGUGGUGUGGGUGACUGGAGCCUCAAGUGGCAUUGGGGAGGAGCUGGCAUACCAGCUGGCACGGUGUGGAGCUCACCUCAUCCUCUCUUCACGUCGGGAAAAUGAGCUCCAAAGGGUCAAACGCCACUGUUUACAAUACUCUAACCUACAAGAUGAAGAUAUUCUUGUUCUUCCAUUGGAUUUGUUGGAGAGGCAAUCCCAUGAGGCAAAAACUGAAACAGCCAUAAAGUACUUUGGACAUAUUGAUGUCUUGAUAAACAAUGGUGGCCGAAGCCAGCGGUCCCUGUUCUUGGAGACUGAUCUUGAAGUGUAUCAUGCUUUGAUGGAGCUUAACUUCCUGGGGACAGUGUCUCUCACAAAGCAGGUGCUUCCUCAUAUGACAAAGCGAGGCUCUGGGAGCAUUGUGACUGUGAGCAGUGUGGUGGGGCUAGCUGGGGCCCCUCUGGCUACAGGGUACUCUGCAAGUAAACAUGCUCUCCAGGGCUUCUUCAACUCACUAAGGACUGAACUGUUUGACUAUCCUAACAUCCUCAUCAGCACAGUAUGUCCAGGCCCAGUGCAGUCCAAAAUAGUUGACAAUGCAUUCACAGAAGUGCUGAAUAAGCCUGUGCCCAAGGUUGGGAGUCAAGAGCACAAGAUGUCAACAAGGCGCUGUGUGCGUCUGAUGUUAGUAGGAAUAGUUAAUGGAGUCCAGGAAAUGUGGAUUGCUCAGCAACCUUUCCUUUUGUUUUACUAUGCAUGGCAGUAUACUCCUACUUUGGCCUGGUUCAUCACAAACAAGCUGGGCAGAAAACGGGUGCAGAAUUUUAAAGCUGGUCUGGAUGCAGACUCAGCUUAUUUCAGCAAACCCAAAGCACCAUGAGAUGGACAAAGAUGGUACUGUACAUUUCAAAAUUGUAAACUAUUUGCCUAUCUUCUGAGGUAAUGCAGCCCUUAAAAUGUGAUUAGCAAAACUUUUCAUUGUUUCUAAUAAAUGCAUCGUGUGUCCUGUUGGGUUACUUUAAACCCGUUUUUGUGAUUUUCAUGCUUAAAUUGUAAAAUAAUAAUAAAAAGAAAUAUCUAUGAAUUUAA